CUUCAAUGGCAAUGCUCUGAUUUUCUCUUUCUUCAAGCUCAGUCCAACCUCUCUCUCCUCCCAUGAGCCCGAAGCAUCAGGGAAGAACACAAGUUAUAAGUGUUAUGUCCACUAGCUCAUAUAAUAUAUACAUACUCAACUUUCACAUCCUUAGAAGUCCAGAUUUUGAGCAAUGGACAAUGAUGAGUUGAAGGUGCUUUAACCAAGUAAAAUCCUUCCCAGUGCCGGAAUCAAUAGCUUUCUAUAACAUUGUACAAAAUGGCUUUUCAGUCAUUCAUCUCUAAGUAUAAAAUCUUACCCUAUUUCUUUGGUCCUCUUGUCCGACACAAGCGCCACUGCCAUCACUUCCACUCUUUCCCAAUCCCACAAGCCUCGGGGCCAUUAUUACCAGACCUUGUGAAUGAAAUAUCUCGUCUACUCAGUGAUCACCGACACCCUCACCAUGAUCUAGAACUCUCUCUCAACCCGUUUUCAGCACAAAUAUCCACAAAUUUGGUUGAACAGGUCUUGAAGAGGUGCAAGAAUCUUGGAUUCUCAGCCCACAGGUUCUUUCUUUGGGCUAAAUCAAUUCCAGAUUUUCAGCACAGUGUUGAGAGCUUCCACAUUUUGGUGGAAAUCUUGGGAAGUAGUAAACAAUUUGCCAUACUUUGGGAUUUUCUCAUAGAAACAAGAGAGUCCUGUUGUUGUGAAAUCAAGAGUGAAAUUUUCUGGCUCAUUUUCAAGGCAUAUAGCCGGGCUAAUUUGCCAGAUGGAGCAAUACGGUCUUUCACUAGAAUGGAUGAAUUUGGAAUUAAGCCAAAUAUUCAUGAUUUUAAUAAGCUUUUGUACAGUUUAUGCAAAAGGAAGCACGUCAAGCAGGCUCAAGAAUUUUUCGAUCAAGCUAAGAGUCGUUUCCUGUUAACUGCUAAAACUUACAGCAUUUUGAUUAGUGGAUGGGGUGAGAUUGGUGAUACAGGAAAGGCUCGUGAGCUGUUUCAAGCAAUGCUUGAGCAAGGAUGUCCAGUGGAUUUGCUUGCUUAUAAUAAUUUGUUGGGGGCCCUCUGCAAAGGAGGUCAUGUGGAUGAAGCUACAAAUUUUUUUCAUGAUAUGUUGUCAAAAAGAGUUGAGCCAGAUGCUUUUACUUACUCUAUAUUCAUUCGCACAUAUUGUGAUGCAAAUGACAUGCAUUUAGCUUUCAGGGUUCUUGAUACAAUGAGAAGAUAUAACCUUUUGCCAAAUGUGUUUACAUACAAUUGUAUUAUAAAACGACUUUGUAAGAAUGAAAAUGUGGAAGAAGCUUAUCAAUUGUUGGAUGAAAUGAUUUCAAGUGGAGUAAAGCCAGACACUUGGAGUUAUAAUGCAAUACAAGCCUACCAUUGUGAUCAUUGUGAGGUCAAUAGGGCUCUAAGGUUAAUGUCUAGAAUGGAAAAAGAUAACUGUCUUCCUGAUCGACAUACGUAUAACAUGGUGCUCAAAUUGCUGAUUAGGAUAGGAAGGUUUGAUAAGGCAACUGAAGUAUGGGAGAACAUGUGGGACAAAAAUUUCUAUCCUUCUGUCUCAACAUAUUCUGUCAUGAUUCAUGGUCUUUGUAAGAAGAAGGGAAAGCUAGAGGAAGCAUGUAAGUACUUUGAGAUGAUGAUUGAUGAAGGAAUACCACCUUAUGUUACUACCGUUGAGUUGCUGAGGAAUCGGCUCUUGGGUUUAGGGCUUUUGGAUCACAUUGAAAUACUGGCCGAUAAGAUGAGGCAGAGUACUUCCUGUUUAAUCCAAGAAUUGACUAAUAUUAUGAUUGGUGUUCGAGCAGCUCGUAAUACUUUGAGAUAUGAUGAGACGGACAUAGAAAGUGACUGAAGAAGUGGCUAUUUGUUUCUCAAAAUUGUUACGCAGGGAAAAUUGUUAUGGAUGAAAAAUACUUCAUCCUGUUUUAACUUUUAACAGACUUGACUAGGUCCCCGUCAUGACUCACGACAUGGUGACGAUGAGAGCUUUGUUACAUACAUAACGCAUUACAUGUUUGAAGGAAGGGAAUGGAACUUGGGAUGGUCGUUUCCAUUGGCGCGGCCAUACCAAAAGUGGGUGCUCCCCAUUUUCCCAGAGAUUGAGAAGCAGCAACGCAGCAAGGGAGCAAUUGAUAAGACAGAGAGGUUUUGAAGACUCAGAAAGAAGGGAAAAGGAGUGCUCUCUGGAGUCCCUAGUCCCCACUAAUCACUUGAUAGAGAAAAUAAAUGAGGAGUAUAUAGAGAAUGUGAUGGCUUUCUUAAUAUAUAUUCGUGAAAUUAUAGAUUUAUUUGUUUAAUUUUUAACUUGUUAAAAAAUUUACUUGUAAAGGUUAACAAUUAUUCACUUUUUUUAGUAU